CAGUUAUACGAAUUAGCUAUUGUUGCACUCGCAAGAAGUUACCUCAAUAUUUUUUUACUAAUUGUCAAAAUGUUGAAACCGAAAGCGUUAACGCAAGUGCUAAGUCAAGCGAACACUGGAGGUGUAGAAAAUACAUUGUUGUUGAAUCAUCAAGGGGCAUUAUUAGCGUAUUCUGGUUAUAAUGAUAAAGAUGCAAGGGUCACUGCGGCUAUCGCGAGUAACGUAUGGUCAGCCUAUGAAAAACAAGGAAGGAACGUAUUCAAAGAAGACAAGCUUCAUCUUAUACUCGUAGACUGUAUGAAUGGCAAGAUAGCCAUUGCACAAGUUGCUAACUUGCUACUUUGUUUAUAUGCAAAAGAAACUGUAGGUUUUGGAAUAUUGAAGGAGAAAGUUCAUGCAAUAGCUCAGUAUUUAGAAGGACCUUUGAAACAAGUUGCUAAUUCAUAACAAUAUGUAUUCAUUUAUUUUGUAUAAACCAAGAAAUUGUAUAUUUUAAUGAUAAGCUAUGAUAACAAUUAUAACACAAUGUAUGAUUUAAUAAAGUGUAAGUUUUCACUGUGUUUUAUCUAAAAAUUAUAAUAAAGUAUUAACUGCCCUUCAUAUUUCUCAUAUAUCCACCCAUACUGCUUGACUGUAAAAUUGACUGUCAGAAGUUAAAUUUUUUUUUUAAAAGACAACAUUGUAGCAACGGAAAAAGCAGCCACGUUGUGUUGUUGUUUUUUUUAAAUAAUUCCAAUAGAUUCCAGACUCCCUUUCGAGUGUUUUAAAUUGUAUUAGAAUUUACUAGAGAUAAAAAAUCGAGUUUUAAGGUACCUUUAAAAUAGACGCUUAUAGCAGCCUUGCAGCCGCGUCACUACUAAUCUUCAUGCAAUAUUUAGAAGCGCAGUUGCUGCGUCAUUGUUGUAACACGCGCGCCAGUUUUGCCGUUUCUUCCCACUAGUUCUGUUGUACAGUUCUGAUAACAGAACUACUGGUACUUUUUUUCCAUUUGUUCUGUUAAUAAAUAGCCAGUUUUCUUGCAAUAACAAUACUGAGUGAACUAAAAAUUACAGUUUUUUUCACAGAACUACUAAGAAGUUUCUCUUCCACUAGUUCUACUGGCACUUUUCUUCCUAUUUGUUUUAUUGAUAAAUAGACAGUUUUCUUGCAGUAACAAUAAUGAGUCAACUAAAAAUUACUGAUAAACUUCAGCAACGCGGCUGCCGUACUUCUACAAGCGUCUAAUUUUUAGUUCUAAAAAAAGCGUUCAUAAACUAGGAGCUACUCUUUCAAUAUCAGAGUAACGAAAUUAACUAGGGAAGUUACUCCCGACCAAAACUAAUGUAGAAAAGUCAAUUUGUCUCCUACC